AUGGUUAUCAUGGAAAAGAUUCUCCGAUCGUUAUAUUCAAAAUUUGAUAGUAUCACAACCAUUAUCGAAGAGACGAAUGACUUACAAGCCAUGACGAUAGAGCAACUUCUGAGUUCAUUGCAAGCCCAUGAAGAAAAGAAGAAGAUGAAUGAAGAGAUUGCCGAACAACUUCUCAAGACGAAUCUCCAACCAACUCAGAAAGAUGAAAGUUUCAACAACAUUAGAAGCCAACAUGGAAGAGGUAGUGGACGAGAACGAGGCCAUGCUAGCAAGCAAGGAUGGAGUACCAACAAUAGCUAUGAGAAAGGAGAAAGAUCUACAAGAGGACGUGGUCAAGUGCGCUCAAACUCGAGGUAUGAUAAAUAUCAAAUUAAGUGCUAUAAUUGUAACAAAUUCGAGUAUUAUGCGAAAGAAUGUAGAGCACAUAAGUACAAAGUUAAUGAAAGAGUCAACUACAUAGAAGAAAAAAGAGAAGAAGAUAGCACUAUACUUCUAGCAUACAAGGAUAAUGAAAGAGGUGAAGAUAGUACAUGGUACCUGGACACCGGUGCAAGCAACCAUAUGUGUGGGAGACGAAGCAUGUUCGUAGAGCUUGACGAAUCAGUAAGCGACAAUGUGUCUUUUGGAGAUGAGUCCAAAAUAGAGGUGAAAGACAAAUGUAACAUUCUCAUCCGUCAGAGAAAUGGGAAGCAUCAAUUUACAGAAUUAUUCACAUAUAAUAAGAUCAAGUGGCUGAUUUGUUCAAUAAGAGUUUGUCAAUCAUUUGACAAACCUCAAAUUGAUCAAUAUUUAAUCUGA